AUGAGAGCAAAAAAGCGAAAGAAAAGGCAGCAAAGACGAAAGACAAAUAAAGUCCUUAACAUAAAAGCCAUAAUUAUCGGCAUGGAGUAUCCAGGGGGCAUGAAGGGGGAAGGAAGGUUAACUAAAGUUGAUAAGGAAAUCCGUAGUGUGUAUGGGAUAUUGAGGCGGAAAUUUGAAUUUCCAGCGGAGGAAAUUCUGGCGCUAUGUGAUAAAGGUCACAGAUAUAGGAAUGCAAGUUAUGACAACAUAACCAACUACGUUUCAGAAAUGGUGGUGAACUCUCAAAGUGGUGACCGUUUAUUUCUUUAUGUGGCGGGUCACGGCGUACUUGUGGAUGAAAUUGCGCGUCCAGCCUCAGUUCUUAGUGCAGAAGGAGAACUCAUAAGUGAGGAUUUCUGGCGUGACAUAAGGCUGAAGGUUCCGUCGGGUGUCACCCUGUACGCCUUCAUGAAUUGUUGCCAUUCUGGCUCGUUUUUCAACAACGCAUGUGAAGACUUCAUUGACACCGGAGAUGUUAUCGCUUUUGCAGCAUGCAUGUGGAAUGAAAAAAUUGUGGAUGGCUUAUAUUUUGACAAAGGCUUGAGGCCCGCCCUGUAG